AUGUCGAGUCCUGGAUAUUCGCAGACCGAUGUCUCCUCGAGUAACCGAUCUCCCUCCAUCUCGGUCAGCCGGGCAUCCAGUCUACCGUCCCGGCCACGCCUCAAGCCUUACCAGACACCCGAUCGACCAAUAUUGGGCAAGUUCCCUACCUCUUCAUCUUCGGUCUCCAGUGUCAGUACGAUGUCGACUGCUGAUAGCACAUUUUCGAUUAGAUCUUUCGGACGUGAUUCGUCGCCAAUCACCCCACCAAAUGAUUUCGAGGUAUCAAUUGAUCAGUGGCCUGCACGACCUCGAAAUUUGUAUGAAUCCCCCACAAGAACUUCAAGGAAUUCAAGAUGUAAAUAUCAAGCAUUGGCUUCGCAAUCCAAAGCUGAUGAAGGUCGAGAUCGAGUCGAAGGUCAAGGAGAUGAUGAAGUUGACUACCAAGAUGUCAAUAAUGAAAACAACCAAGCUGAAAGGGUAUUGAAGAUGCCUGGGGCUUUUCCCACCGUUGCAGAAGAAAUCAUUGCCGAAAGGCGCAUGAGCUCGGGCUUCAAUGAUGCCUGCAAUUCUAUGCCUGUUCAGUAUCCUAUUCUUCCAGCGAUAGCACCACAGUGCCCGAAGUUUUGUUCUUAUGGAUCCACUCGCAAAAGCACCCGAGAAAUAAAUCACGCUAUACAAUCACUUCUCCAGAAGCCGCUCAAGCCUUAUUGCGACCUUACUGCUGGUUACAUAUAUGCUUUUGAAUCUCCCAGGUAUGCUCCUCAUCACAUAAAGAUUGGCCAAUCAAGCAGAGCUCCAGAAACUCGCAUGCGCGAGUGGUCGAAAUGUAGAAUACCAAUUUCCAAAAUUUCCAAAUCUAUAUCUAUAGCUUCAACCGAAUCACCCAGCGGAAAUGACGAAGACGCUUUCUAUUACUACGCGUUAGUUGAGUCUAUCCUCUUCGAAGAGUUCUAUAAUCAACGCAAGUGGUUUGAAUGCGAGGUUUGCAAAAGCAACCACCGCGGACCUAGAAAGCAUACAGAAUGGUUGGAAAUCGAUCCAUCAACUGCAACUCAUGCAAUAAGGCGUUGGCGUACUUGGGUCGAAAGAGAAAAGCCAUUCACAUCGCUGGGGAGGCUAACGGCCUAUUGGCAGUGGAGAGUGGAUGAAUUACCGAAGAACUCAUCGAGCAUAAACUGGGAUGAUUGGACACGACCUGGACUCUGGAAGUAUUGGGGAUUUCGGCUAGAACAGCUUUCCCUUCAUACUUCAAAGUUAAAACCGCAUUUUACGAGGAAAGAUAAGCAAUUUUGGACGAUGAGUUGCUUUUUCGUAUUUGUUUCAUUCUUUAUAUACACCCCCGAGUUUACUAUUUCCUUUGCAAUGGUAUUACUUGCUCUGUGA